AUGACCCGUAGUCACAUCCAUAUCCACCCACACCCUCAAGAAUUACGUGAUCCAUCACAAAAUUCAGUAAAUCUUCCACAAGAAUUUAAUUUAGCACCACCUGAUGCAUUACCACAACGUGCAAGAUUUAUAAAUAAUAAUAAUAAUAAUAAUAUUACACAACCAUUUAUAGUUAAUGAAGAAAAUAAUAAUCCAAUUCAACAAGAACAAUAA